GGAGAGAGGGAAGACGUAAUGGUUUGAUUCCCUGUGCACUGGCAAUGGUCGUCGUUCUGACAUUACUCGGCAAAUUUCUCUAACGGGAGGAGAAAUGAAGGAGCUGCAAUAUACGCUGCCACCUGGAUUUAACCAAGCAAAUAGGCAGGGGCGUCCUCCAUGUGGGCGUCAUGUUGCGGCCUGCUGAAUGAGGUGAUGGGCACGGGAACGGUGCGGACACCGCAACCAGGGUUCGGAGCAGGGGCAGGGCCCUUCCGCUUUGCCCCCAGCGCAGGGUACUCCACCUACCCCCCCACCAGCUCAGGGAGUGCCGGGCAGCUGUGCAAGGCCUGCGGACUGGCCUUCUCCGUCUUCAGACGCAAGCACAUCUGCUGUGACUGUAAGAAGAGUUUCUGUGCCCUUUGCUCGGUGCUGCAGGAAAACCUGCGCUGCUGCACGACCUGCCACCUGCUGCGCGGCACGGCCUUCCAGCGCCCUCGACUCAUGCAGCUGCGGGUCAAAGACCUGAGGCAGUACCUGCUGCUGCGCAACAUCCCCACCGACACUUGCAGGGAGAAGGAGGACCUGGUCGACCUGGUGCUUUGCCACCAGGGAACACGGGGGACACGGGAGACACCAAGACCCGUGAUGGAGGAGGACGAGGAGGAUGAGGAGGAAGAUGAGGAUGACGACACGUGUGGUGAUGAGGAAGAAGAUGGGGGAGAAGACACAGACAGUCUGCACUCACUCCCCCACUCACGUGCAGCGUCACCGCCCUCCGCAACGCGCUCCGCCUCUGAACAGUCGGUCCUGUCUGUCUCUCAAGGGGACGUGCUCAGCCCUAGUGACAGUUCAGGGACCCCCAGCCAGGAGCAUGAAGAUACUCCAACAGCAUCCCUUUUGAACUUGGAGCCUGCUGAAAAUAUCUUAGAGGUCAGCCCAGCAACACAGAGGAGAAUCAGGGCCUCGCUGUCUGAUCUCGACAACGAGGAGGCCAUAGAGAACCUCUCCGUCCGGCAGCUGAAAGAGAUCCUCGCCAGGAAUUUUGUCAAUUACUCCGGUUGCUGCGAGAAGUGGGAGCUGCUGGAUCGAGUGCACCGGCUCUACAGGGAAAACGAGCAGAACAGGAAAUCCAUGGAAAACGUGAGCAUAACAGCAGUGGUUGCAUAUCCUCCAUCUCUUUGCAACAGUGGAGUUGGAGAUGGUGUCCGAAGUCAGCUGACGGCGGACGAAAACCUUUGUCGCAUCUGCAUGGACGCCAUCAUCGACUGCGUGUUGCUUGAAUGUGGCCACAUGGUGACCUGCACCAAAUGCGGAAAGAGGAUGAGCGAAUGCCCCAUCUGCAGGCAGUACGUGGUGCGGGCCGUGCAUGUCUUCAAAUCCUAAAACUCGUUUUGGUUUCCGCGUGCAUCGUGGUGUGCGUGAUUUAGCACUGAGGAAGAAUUGCAGUUCAUGGGGGCCUGAUGCUGCAGCAAUUGUGAGAGAUUUUUUUCAGACUAGACUGUUGCCUCUGGCCUGCAAAGUCCCCACCCCCCAAAUCUCCCUACGUCUCACCUUACUGACUGGUCCCACCUGUCCUCCGGCUGCACCAGGUCUCCCACUCUACACAGCAGACACCAUCACGACUCCCUGCUUUAAAUGCUUACUUGCAGGAGACGAAACGAGGUGGUCCUGUGGACGCUUUGAAGGGGUCCGCCUGUUGAUUGUGGUGAUUUGAGAUCCCAGGUUUAGAGUCGAUAUGGUUUACACUGUCAUGCCACAUGACACUGUGUGAUCACCCUCAGUGUUCAUCAGGAUGUGCAAUAUCAGAGAAAAAGGUGUGUGUGCCUGUGUGCGCGCGCGUGUGUGUGUGUGUGUGUGUGUGUGUGUGUGUGUAUAUGUGUGUAUAUGUGUGUGUGUGUGUGUGUAUAUGUGUGUAUAUGUGUGUUAUUAGAAAAACAACAGCCACUUCAUCCAUCACACACAGAGGGGAGUGUAGGGUGCCAAACAACGAAGAUGUUUUUGGUUAAGAUCUCACGGUAUGCAUCUUAUAACCAGCAAGGUUGGUUUAAUAGUUUACUUUUAUUGUUUAUCAGAUGAGCUUUAGAAAACAAAGUGUGUACACAUGUUCCUGAUAAUGUGUAAAACAAGAUUUAUUGUGACAAAAAAAACAAAUCUGAAUACAAACCCUACUCACAGGCUUUAUUUGGACCACAUUUCAGUCCCUUAUUUGUCAUGAAGAUGAUUUUAUUAUCAUGUUUGCAACAAUUUUAGAGUGCUGAGUAAUUUUUGUUUCUUCUUCUGGGAAAUACAGGAAAGACUUACACUCUGAGGUAAGAUUCUGCUGUAAUCUACAGUGCCUUGCAAGCACAUUCAAAUCCCUGAACCUUUUUUUCUGUUUUAUUCUGAUAAAACCACAAACCUCAAUGUAUUUUGAUUGUGUUUUAUGUGAUAGGCAAACAUCAAAGUAGCACAUUAGUGGAAAGUGGAAAGAAAAUGAACCAAAAUCUAAACCAGUCUAGUUCAUUCCUUGAAAUUCCUGCAGCAAUCCAGAAUUCAGGUGGAAUGAAAACUUUUAGUCGUUCGCUCUACAAAUCUGGUUGUAAGGAAGAACGUCAAAGAAAAAAGAAAGUCAUGGCCAAGAUGCAUGUGGAAGAAGGUUGGCUGGACAGAUGAGACCAAAAUAAACAUAGUAUCCCCACAGUGAGACAUGGUGGUGGCAGUAUAAUGCUGGGAUGAUGCUUGUCAUCUGCAGGGUAAGGUAAGCUGAGUCAAGGUGAUGGAAAGAUGGAAAUACUGAGAUAAAACUGUUAGAGGUUGCAAAUGGCUUGAGACUAAAGCAAGGUUUCACCCUUAAGCAGUACAACAACCCUAAACAUUCAGCCAGUACAGUGCGAUUGUUUAGAUCAAAACAUAGUUAUUCUGACCUAAAUCCAAUUGCAAAUCUGUGGAAAGACUACUAAUGUGCAAAAAUGCUCUGUCCAGUCUGACUAGAUGAGUCAUUUUGCAAAGAGGACUGGGCAAAAGUUUCAGUUGCUAAUCAUGUAGCUGUUGUAGCAGCUAAUGGUGAUUCCAUUAAAGUAUUGACUCAGGAGGGCUGAACACAGGGGGAAGACAUGCCAGAGAUAAAAACAAAAUAAACCUAUGUAUCAUUUUCCCUGUUCUUCACAAUUAUGCAUUACUUUGUGUUGGUCUAUCACAUCAAAUUGUUAGUGGUUGUAAACUAAUAAAAUGUGAAAACGUUCAAGGUCAUGAAAACUUUUGCAAAGCAUCGUAAAACCUUCAACAUCUUCUUCCACUAACCGUGCUUCUUUAUUGUCAGAUCCUAGCUAAUCAGGUGCUAUUUCCUCAUUUAUAACUGUAAUCAUCAGCAUAAUUUUUGUCGCGUUGUCCUAAAUUUUACAAGACAGAGGUAGCUGUAUUUGCUUUAACCUGUUAUGCAAAUGAAACACGUUUUCUCAUGUCAAACGAUGCAGUGAAAUCUGUUUUGUAAUAUUUUUGCAGCAAACUGUGAGUUCAGUUGAUCUCACUUAAACGUUAAGUAUAUUUGUCCAUUUUCUUGUAAGACACAUGAUUUUUACAAAACAAAAACACUCGUCUGAGUACAAAGGGUUGAGAAUUUUCCAGAAUGUAUUCCCACUGGUUUUAAAGCUGCGUCACCGUCUCGCUCUUUCUGGCACAUUUCCAAACAAUCGAAUCUCUUGUACACCAUUUCCACUGUAUGGAACACCGUAACUCUGUAGGUCCUGUUGUCAAAGCUGCUGUUUGUCGAAGAUGUCAUUCAUGGGCAGCUACAGUAAUAUCAGAAUGGGAUAGCACUCAUAUUCACAGAUAUUUAUAUUCUGAAUGUUGAACCUUUUUAUUUUGGUUAAGAGGAGAAAAAGGAUUUAUUAGAUUCAAUAAAAUGCAGUAUUACAAACCACAA